AUCCACAGAUCCACCGAUUCGCUGCUUCUUUCCGAACCCAACACGCAGAGAUUUACUUUUUUUUUAUCUCGGCUGUUUUUCUUUUUUGGCCCCAACGCCCCACUUCCCGCUCACACACACACGCACACGCGACAGAGACAGCAUGAGGCAGCCAAGUAGACAGCACAUCCUGGCGAUCCUCGUCCUCGGCAGCGCCGCCUGCCUCAUUAGCGCCGUUCCGCUCCCCCAGCCCGCCGGCAACUCGGAACUGGACGUCCUGCAGAUCCCGCUGGCCAAUGGCAAGGAAAUCGAUGUCUUGACAUUGGGCGCCAAAGACCAAGAAACAUUGAUAGCCGAUCGCAAUAAACGGACGAUUGGACUGCUGCGCGAACUGUUCCCCGACAUCACCAAGAAUGGAGCCACCGAUACCCAGAUCGACUUGUCGGCCAUCAACAAGCAGUUGGAGGAGACGAUCCGAGUGGCCCGCCAGGUGAAGGAGGCGGAGGCAGCCGCCGCCGCAGUGGCCGCCCAGUCCCUGUCCCCAUCCUCGUCCGCCUCCUCCUCGCCCAUUGCCCAGGCGCCCAUUCCCCUGAAAUCGAACAACGAGCCCAUCCAGCUGAGCUUCAACAACGAACUGCCCAGCGGAACCCCGAGUGCCGGUGUGGAUAACAAGGCCCUGAGCACCAACGAUCUCCAGCUGUCCGAGUCCAAGUCGCCGGCGAUCGAUGAGCUGACCCUCGACUCCGCGGAGGAGACAGCCGACUUGGACGAUCGCAACAAGAGUAAUCUGUUCAAAAGGUUCCUCAGCUUCGGCGGUGCGGGUCUGGCCGGUGGCUCCAGCGGCGGUGCAGGUGGCUCGCCCGGCGGUGGCAAUGCCCUGGGAGCCGGAGGCUCCGGCAACUUCCUUCUGGAUGUGGUGAGGCUCUUCUCGGGCAGCGUUCAGACCCAGCAGGGCGAUGAGGCGGCCAACUCUGUGGGCGGCGGUGCCAGCAUCAGUAGCAGUGGCAGCCUGGGCGGCGACGGGGACGCGGAUGGCGACAGCACCCGCAACGCCGACGGCUACACCGAGGGCAUUCCCGGCCCAGUCACGCGCCUCGUCGUGCUGGCCAACCGCGGUCUGGCCAAUCUCGUCCAGGACUUGAUACUGCGCGUUGCGGCCACUAGCGAGAAGUUCGUGAACUUCAAGGCCAAGCUGAUAACGGCGCUGAUCUAAGGUCAAGGGUCAAGGUCAGCACCGGCCACGCUCCCUCGCCCGAAUUAGUCAAGUCACCAACCUGUACAGAGUCAAAUGCAGCAGAUCACCCUCUCUAUCUCGCUCCCCCACCCCACGUCUGUCUCUCUCUCUCUCUGUCUCCCCCUAAGCCCCCUACCUCCCCCCGCCCACACACACCCACACGCCCCCUCACUCACACGGAGACAAUUUUGUUGUGCAUCAUUCGAUCAAAGAAAAUUUCCCGGCAAUUUCAACAUAUUUUUUUUAAAUUUUUAGCAAAUUUUUUUAUAACAAAACAAAACACAAAAAAAUCAUAAAAUUAUAAGCAAAAUUGCAAAAAAAAAACAAAUCAAAGAAUUUUAUUUAUAUAUAUCAAUAAAACAAAAAAAUUAAAAAUCGAAAGUAUGACAUUAAAAUGUCUAUAUGUAUAGAAGAAGAAGAAACGCCUGAUACAAUUAUUCCUGCCCUAGUGCUAAAUCUAUUUUCCCAAAUCUCCUCCCCCAAUUUCCAACGGCUUUUGUAAAUAUUUUGCUAUUUGCAAAUAGCACUUUUCCGCCCACCACUUUUCCUGAUCUUUUUUCCUUAAUUUGUAUUUUCCAUCCAAUUCCCUUCUCUCUUUUUUGUGUAUAUUUUGUGUUCUAUUAAAAAAAUCAUGACUGUGGUGUUUUAUUUACUAUUAUUUUUAAUUAUUUUAAACGAAAACGAAACGAAGAUGAAGAAAGGAGAAAAAUGAGUAAGAAAGGACGCAGAAAACCCGUCAAGUUUCUAUUAGAAGAAAUUUAGCCGAGCCUAAUGUUUUUUUUUAUUUGCUGUUGUUGGUCAAAGAGCCCCUUAAAAAAACACCCACACUACCACUGAAGCAUACUCACACAUACAUACACAUAUAUACCAUAUAAACCGCGAUCCGAUAUGCCUAUUAUAUAAUAUAUAGAUCCUUGUUCUUGUUCGACAUCCCUGUGUCCCCUGGAUUUGUUUGUAACUCCCCCAUUUAAUCCUAAGCGAAUUGUGUUUUUCUCACUAUGAUUUUUUUCUAGCCUAGCUAAGUGAAACUUUCGAAAAAUGUGUAUAAAAUAAAAGUAAAAUGAUUUUAAA